CCAGCUCCUUUAUAGAUCCCUGGCUCCCCUCCAAGGCCUCCAGGCUUUGGCAGCUGCAGAGGACGAAGACAUGGCCAGAGAGCCUGACAGCGCGCUGAGGUGGGCAGGCUUGCUGGUGCUGACCACCCUGAGCACAGCUGUGAUCGCGACCACCAACCCUGGCGUCGUGGCCAGGAUCACCCAGAAAGGCCUGGACUACGCCUGCCAGCAAGGGGUGGCCGUGCUGCAGAAGGAGCUGGAGAAGAUCAAGAUACCCGAGUUUUCAGGAAGCUUCAAGGUCAAGCAUCUUGGGAAAGGGCAUUAUAGAUUCUACAGCAUGGUUAUUCGUGGAUUCCAGCUUCCCAGUUCCCACAUAAGACUCGUGCCUGAUAAGGGCCUUGAUCUCUCCAUCAGUAAUGCCAAUAUCAAGAUCAGUGGAAAAUGGAAGGCACGAAAGAAAUUCAUCAAAACCAGUGGCAACUUUGACCUGAGUGUGGAGGGCAUCUCCAUUUCGGCUGGUCUGCAGCUGGGCUUUGACCCCUCCUCGGGCCUCCCCACUGCCACCUGUUCCAGCUGCAGCAACCAGAUCAACGCUGUCCAUGUGCACAUCUCAGGCGGCAAGCUGGGGUGGCUGAUCCAACUCUUCCACAAAAAAAUUGAAUCUUCCAUCCGAAAAACCAUGGAGAGCAAGAUCUGCCAGGUGGUGACCAGUUCUGUGUCCUCCAAGCUGCAGUCUUAUUUAAAGACCCUGCGAGUGACAACCAAAAUAGAUAAGGUCGCUGGGAUCAAUUACUCACUGGUGGCCCCUCCGACAGCCACAGCUGACAGUCUGGAUGGGCAGCUGAAGGGGGAGUUUUUCAGUGUGGCCCACCCCAGCCCCCCUCCCUUCGCCCCGCCGGUGCUGGCCUUUCCAGCUGACCACAACCGCAUGGUGUACCUGGGGCUCUCCGACUACUUCUUCAACACAGCGGGGUUCGUGUACCAACAGGCAGGGGCCCUACACCUGACCAUCACGGACAACAUGAUACCAAAGGGAUCCAAAUUCCGACUGACAACCACAUUUUUUGGAGUCCUCAUACCCCAGGUGGCAAAGAUGUUCCCCAACAUGACCAUGCAGCUCAACAUUGGGGCCCCGUCCCCACCGCACCUCACCGUGCUCCCUACUGGCCUUGUCUUCACCCCUGUCCUGGAGACCCAGGCUUUUGCUGUGCUCCCGAACUCCUCCUUGGCUCCCCUCUUUGUGCUUCAACUGAGCACGAACUUUUCCGUGGAGGUCGGCACCACGCCCGACAGGCUUAUCGGGAAGCUCAGGCUGAACAGGCUGCUCCUAGAACUGAAGCACUCAGACGUCGGCCCCUUCUCGGUCACAGAGCUGCAGGCUGUCAUGAAUUAUCUUCUGCCCACGAUUGUGAUUCCCAAGGUUAACGAGCGGCUGCGGGAAGGCUUCCCUCUCCCGCUGCCCGCCAACGUCCAGCUCUUCAAUCUGGUGCUUCAAACCCACCAGAAUUUCCUGCUGUUUGGUGCAGAUGUUCACUACGGGUGAAGUUCUCCUGGGGCCGGAAGCCGUCAGCCCUGCCAGGAGGGACAGGCUGGUUGGCAUCUACUCCGGACGUGCCUGUGAGGGUACAGGCUGCCUUUCCCCAGCCCUUGAACCACAGUCCCUUGCAAAUUUCUCUGAACUCAGAUUCAGAAAUGAUCUAAAUACAGAAACUUUGUUCCUUGA